CGCCGGGGCCCCCGCCGCCCGCGGCCCGGCGCCCCGACAUGGCUCGGGGCGGCAGCCAGAACUGGAGCUCCGGGGAGUCGGACGGGCAGCCCGAGGAGCCGGCUCCGGAGGACGGCGGGGACAAGAUGGUGAAGGAGACGCAGUACUACGACAUCCUGGGGGUGCGGCCCAGCGCCUCCCCGGAGGAGAUCAAGAAGGCCUACCGCAAGCUGGCCCUCAAGUACCACCCCGACAAGAACCCCGACGAGGGCGAGAAGUUUAAACUUAUAUCACAGGCGUAUGAAGUGCUUUCAGAUCCAAAGAAAAGGGAUGUUUACGACCAGGGCGGGGAGCAGGCGAUUAAGGAGGGGGGCUCCGGGAGCCCCGGCUUCUCCUCCCCCAUGGACAUCUUCGACAUGUUCUUCGGAGGUGGGGGCCGGAUGGCCAGAGAGAGGCGAGGCAAGAAUGUUGUACAUCAGUUGUCUGUAACCCUGGAAGACUUAUAUAAUGGAGUUACAAAGAAAUUGGCAUUGCAGAAAAAUGUAAUCUGUGAGAAAUGUGAAGGCAUCGGCGGGAAGAAGGGGUCCGUGGAGAAAUGCCCGUUGUGUAAAGGGCGAGGGAUGCAGAUCCACAUCCAGCAGAUUGGGCCGGGCAUGGUCCAGCAGAUCCAGACGGUGUGCAUUGAGUGCAAGGGCCAGGGCGAGCGCAUCAACCCCAAGGACCGCUGCGAGACCUGCAGUGGCGCCAAGGUGACCCGCGAGAAGAAGAUCAUCGAGGUGCACGUGGAGAAAGGUAUGAAAGAUGGGCAAAAGAUACUCUUUCAUGGCGAAGGGGAUCAGGAGCCCGAGCUGGAGCCUGGCGAUGUGAUAAUUGUGCUUGAUCAGAAGGAUCAUAGUGUCUUUCAGAGGCGAGGCCAUGACUUGAUCAUGAAAAUGAAAAUUCAGCUUUCUGAAGCUCUUUGUGGCUUCAAGAAGACGAUCAAAACACUGGAUGAUCGAGUCCUUAUUAUUACAUCUAAAUCAGGGGAGGUGAUGAAGCACGGGGACCUGAAAUGUGUCCGCAACGAAGGCAUGCCCAUCUACAAAGCCCCCCUGGAGCGGGGGGCCCUGAUCCUACAGUUCCUCGUGGUCUUCCCGGACAAGCAGUGGCUGUCUCUGGAGAAACUCCCUCAGCUGGAGGCGCUGCUGCCACCCCGGCAGAAGGUGCGGGUCACGGAGGACAUGGACCAGGUGGAGCUGAAGGAGUUCAACCCCAGCGAGCAGAACUGGCGGCAGCACCGCGAGGCCUACGAGGAAGACGACGACGGGCCGCGGGCGGGCGUCCAGUGCCAGACGGCCUGACGGCCGCGCUGCGCGAAUGUAACAUCGGCACAAUGAAAAUGGCAUGGCUUUCGUGGCCUCCUGUGUUGGGGUGUCCUGUGUAUGUGUUCAGCACCCCCCAUUGCUGUGUCCUUUUUUCAGGGGGGCUCUUUUGUUUCUCUUCAUAGCUUGAUUUCUAUUUAAAUGUCUUAAUUACAAAUCACUUGUC